AUGGACCACAAUGCCCGCGAGAAAGAGCGCGAGGUGAAAGAUUUAAUCCGACGCUCGUUUUCUGGAAGUGCCGACCGGGCGGGUGCCUUGCGUAAAAAGACCCUUAACAAGCUGAUAGAGUGCACACGUACCGGACACCCCACUCUGAAGACUCUGGCAGCAGAGAAUAUCCCUAAACUUCUUAUUGAGUUCCCGGAGCUGGAAGAGGACGCCAUUAAUGCGGUAUAUGAUCUGUGUGAGGACCAGACAGCGAGCGUUCGCAAAUCGGGAUAUGGCGCUAUAACGGCGGUUUCGAAGGCGGCGGGCAAGUGGGUGAGGCGAAAUACAGACGUGCUGUUGCAACUACUUCAGAGCGACGAGAAAGAUGAGGUAGUGGUUGUCAAGAAGGCACUGCUGGAACACCUCGACCUCGAUGCGCGCGUCACUCUCAGUGUUCUUUGCGAUCAAGUCAUGCCUCCUACACCGGAAAUGAUAGAUGCCGAUGAACUGGCUAUGAGGGCCCGCUUACGGUUGCUGGUACUCGCAUUCCUUGAAGGGGAUGUAAUGAAAGCCAUUGUCGAGAGGCGUUGUACCGCGGAGGACGCUCUUGUCGAGACACUGUUUGCGGUAAUCCCGAAGUUGCCUGCUGAAGAAGUGAAAACUGUCCUUGAACAACUUCUGCUGCGGCUACCCUCCUUUAAGCGUCAGUCAAGCUACGCCAAUACCCUCCUGCAAAUUCUGGUAGAAGCAACAAGCUCGACAUUCAAGCACGAGUUGAAGCAACGUAGCUCGCUUGUCGCAGCACGCAUUUAUAUGGAUCUUGUGGCCCAUAUCGUUGUUCAGAAAGCUCUGGUUUCUCCAAUAGAGCUUCUUCGCUUUUACCUGGGAAAUACUGUGGCCAAGAUGACACUGCAUCAACUCUCACCCUCCGACCAGGUGUUUGUCAUCUGCAACAUGGCUGAAACACUGGCUGUGUGCGAAAAGGAUGCUAAAAUCAGCCGUUCAUCCCAGUAUACGCCUCUCCGCAAUCAGUCUGUGGACGCUUCCCCCAACUUAUUUGAGUGCUUAGCAAAAAGUGAUCUCACAAAUACUCGAACAUUCAACGGAUCCAAGGCUUUGCUUGAAGCAUGUCAACGCCGUAAAAUCACCGGGUGGACAGUUCCCUCACAUUUCCGCACAUCAUUGGACCUUCUGCGAGCUAAAGCUGAGCAAGACAAGAAGAAUGAAGUGCAAGUGCUUAUCAGGUCAAUAACCGCGCCGCCUUCAAGCUCUCCUCAACCAAUACCUAGCACCAAUUCUCAAGUACAGGCAGGCCCCAGUCGACCGAAAGGAGCACCACCACCUCCCGUUUCUUUAAUGCGAUCGCGACCACUUGGAACAAAUUCCAUUUCUUCUGAGCUUCGUCGUAACAGCUCCGGUAGUUUGAUGCUAAACGAGAACAAACACAGCAUCGCAGCCGACAGCUCGCCUCGCCCGCCAAAACGGAUGAGAACGGAGAGCGAUGCCCCACCGUCUCUAUUGAUUCGACUUGGUCAGGCGAACACGAAUGGGAGAGCGACUGCGGAUUCCACAACCACAUCCGUAACGUCGGAGGUUACUGGUGGAUUUAGUAUCAAAGGCGCUGCAAGGGCAUCAUUCACAGGGGUGCCUGUUCGUCAGCCGAAAAACCCAGCACCAUCGUCGUUGUUGGAUCGUAUUACAAUGCAAGAUGGAGGAGGCGAGGGUGGGAAAGUGGCGAAGAAUUUCAGACGGUGGUGA